UACGUUACAAGUGGACGGUGUAUAUAAAUGCUGGCACAACUCUGGGUCUUGUGUUUUUAUACAAAACGAAGUGACUAUGGGUUUGCCUGUUGGUGUAGUCCUCCUCACGGCUGUCUUGUGUGGUAGUGUCGCUGGGAGUGGAGUUGGGGGAGUGGACACUACAGAAGAUGGCUACUUGCAAGCUGAAACUAAUUACACUAUGGCAGUCGACCUUGACGAGGAUAACUGUUUUGGGAAUUUUAGUGAUUGCCUGAAUAGAAACAGAGACUGGGAUAACCUUAAGCCCUUCACGGAAACGCCCGAGGGACGAGUGGCGUUCGACGACGAUUUCUUUUCGAGGAUAUGCCAAUAUAGCAGCGACCUGAGUGAUUGCAUUGGUGAGAUGGAACCAUCAUGUCAUUCACAAUUUCCCCGAACUUUCACCAGGUUUAAAACGGUCUCACCAAUUUUGUGUCGACACAAGGAAGCCUUGGCUACACUGGUCAGCUGUAUGAAUGAAAAAGAAUUCCAAGAAGCGUUUCAGUUAGUAGCUCAAUACCAGGACCCACAAUCAGAUGAAUGCGGUGCCGUCAGGGACAAACUAUCACGCGCUCUGUUGAUAGUCAAAGACAGAUGUGAUGCACGUGGAUAUGCAAAUCUAAUUGCAGUUUUGAGGGAACUUGGUGAAGAUGUUAUUGUCAUCGCCGAUUCUACUUUGAAUUUGAAAACCGCUUUGUCCUGCACCAUUGACAUCGAUGCUCUUAUUCGAAACAAAACGAAGCGGUCUUGGUUCCAACCACUAGUCGGAGCUUGAACUUGGAUAUAACAAUGAUUAAUAAUGUCAUGCAAGCACAGGUUCAUGAUUUUAUCAAUAAAGUUUUUAAAACGCAAA